CCCCAGAAUGCACCCAUCGAAAUCGAAAGAAUAAACAUCGUCUGCUAGAAUCUGAAGUGAAGCGCGGUUGUCAAAGCCUAAGAUUUUGCCAUUGGUAUAUUUUUAGUAUUUUUUUGCAAAAGUACAUUGGCAAGUAAACCGUCUUUUUAAUUUUACUAGGAUUAAUUAAUUUUUAUUUAAGUAGCAUUACACUAUCUGUGAUGGAGACGGAAGCUGUACUGAACAACUUGGAGAAAUCGGUGAAAAGAACAGAUAGUCAUUUGGACAAAAUUGCAUGGAAAUUGGACGAAUGUGAAAAAGAAGUAAUCGACAUUACUUACGAUGAAAAUAAGGAAUCUGAGUCAGUCCUACAUCUGUUGGAGACCGUGACGCAAGUGAAGCAACAUUAUGAGAAUCUGCGCAAGGAGAUCUCCGAGGUACAGGAGCUACAGAAGCAGGUGCAGGACUCUCUGCGUGACAGCACUGCGCAGGUUCAGACUCGCUGCCGAGCAUUGCGGAUGAAACUUAUUGGCUAUCAAUAAACGCACACCAUUUAGUUACCUGUCAAUAUUCUAAAAUGUGUACCUUAAAUUAUUUUUAUUUAGUAUGUUAUUUACCUAUUCUAUAGAGGGCAUUAUGUAGUAGGCACUGAGCUCAAAAGUUAGGUCUUUAUACCUUAUAUGGUUAAUGUAACUUAUAACAUUACAUUCUAAACCUGUGAAAGUGCUAUGGACAUCAGUUGUUGGUUUUACAUACUCUGUAACAGUAUUAUCAGCCUUUUAUUAUUUUUAAUUAAUGUAUUGUGCGGUGAAAAAUAUAUGGUGUUUGUGUUAGUAAUAAAACUUUAUUAAAUAUU